UACCCCAUUACGCUCUUCGUUGAGAAACAGAGAGAGAAAGAGGUUGACCUUGAAGAAGGAGAAAAGGAGGAAGAGGUGGCGGCUGGCGAUGAGAAAGACAAACCCAAGAUCGAGGACUUGGGUGCCGAUGAAGAUGAAGACACCAAAGAUGGGCAGAACAAGAGGAAGAAGAAAGUCAAGGAAAAGUACAUUGAUGCUCAGGAGCUCAACAAGACCAAGCCCAUUUGGACCCGUAACCCUGAUGACAUCACUAACGAGGAGUACGGCGAGUUCUACAAGAGUUUG